AUGGCGGCUUUAAAUGGCAACAACGCAUUGAAAAACGCGCCUUUGUACGACCAGACGGUGACGUUUACGCACGGUGGUUUAGGACUCGGAUUUGGUUUCACCGGCGGUGGGAGUAGUAACGGUGGCGGCGGCAACGGCGGCUUCGAAGUGGAGAGUCAAACGACGCGAAUAGGCGGCGAGAAAAGACGGGUGGAGAGUUUGAACGUCGAGCGGGCGACUGGGUUAGGCGGCGAUUUCAUCGACGUGGAGGAGGAGGAGUACGAGGACGAGGAUAAAGAACAGCAUUUGAUGACGAUGAAGAAACGCGAGGAGAACGAGAGAGAGGAGGAGAAGAGGAAAGAGCGAGAUUUGUUGGCCGGGAAGAGAGAAGGGAACGUCGGAAAUGAUAACGACGACAGAAAUAACGAUAGAAAUAAGAAUGAUAAUAGCAGUGGCGAGGAUCCGCUCUGGUCGCCGAGAGGUACCGCGCAAAGGUUGAGGAAUUUGAAAUCACCUUUAGUGCGAUUGCACGGAGAAAUUGUGGAUUUUUGUCGGUUUUUAGAACCAACGGAAGAGGAGGAGAAAUCGCGGCUGGCGGCGGUAGAACGCGUGAGAGAGGCGGUGAUGACGAUAUGGCCGAGCAGUAGGUUCGAGGUGCACGGCUCAUUCGCGACGAAGAUGUAUUUGCCGUCGUCAGACGUGGAUGCGGUCAUCUUAGACUCGGGGGCAAAAUCACCUGCGGUGUGUUUGAAAGCGUUAGCCUUGUACCUCGCCAGAAGAGGCGAGGCUACGAAUAUCCAGUUGAUUAGUAAAGCAAGAGUGCCGAUCGUAAAGUUCGAAGAGACGAAAUCGGGCGUUCAAUUCGACGUGUCGUUUGAUGUGGCCAACGGACCGGCGUCGGCGGAAAUCGUGAAGAGAAAUACGAGACGGUUUCCAGCUUUGAGGCCUUUAACGACUGUUUUGAAAUGUUUUUUAUCGCAAAGAGGGUUGAAUGAAGUCUAUUCCGGAGGUAUCGGAUCGUACGCUUUGUUAUGUAUGAUCAUGACGUUUUUACAACUCCGAGAAUCCAUCGAAGCGUCUGAAUGGGCCGGCGAACGCGGUCGAGAAGACGCAUCGGAAGGGUGUUUAGGUACUCUUCUGAUUGAUUUCUUCGAAUUGUACGGUCGAAAGCUCAACGCGGAAGAGAUUGGCAUUUCAUGCGGCGACGCGGAUAAAACAACCUCCACCAAUCGAUUCUUCGUCAAGAGCGAGAAGAACUUUUACGACGAACGACGACCGUUCUUACUCUCCAUUCAAGACCCGCAAGACCCGGAAAAUGAUUUAGGACGCAACUCCUACGCCUGGCGAAGCGUCAAAGCGGCGUUUGAACACGCGUUUACGGUCAUCACGGCCCCAGUGGGCGCGUCCAAGGAAAUCUUCUUACUCGGCAGAAUCGUAAAGAUGGACACGGAGAUGAUGAAACACCGCGCGGCGCCGAAGGAAACCGGAGCCAUCAGAGGCGUGUUUUCGGACUUUCAAAACUUCGUCGAGGCGAACAAAGAGCGAAGAGCCGGCGUCACGCCUCGUCAAAAUGCGAGCAAGAAGAAAAAGCAAGGAGGAGUAGCGAAAGCGCAACCUAAAACGAAAGAUGUCGCCGCGGAAGACCCGACGAACGAGAAAAAACGAGGCCGAUGGGAAAAGAACGACUCUUCCUCUUCAGAGGAGGAAGAAGGCGCGUUAGAAAUGAAAGGAACGAUGAUAGCGAACAAGAAGAGAAAGAGCAGCAAAGACCCGAACGCGCCGUUAUUCGAAGUCAUCAGCGUCGACUCUUCUUCAUCCUCGUCUUCGUCAGAGGAGGAAGAAAAGAAUCUCGAAGACGCCGUGAACGCCUACUCGGAAGACGCCGAGGAGGAGGAGGAGGACGACGACGACGACCGCGGCGGCGCGAAUCCUCCUCGAAAGCAACAACAACCUAAAAAACGAAAAUACGCGAAAAAGAAGAGCACCACAAAAAGCAGAGGACGAGGCAGUGGCGGAAGAGGAGGAGGAAGAGGAGGAAGAGGAGGAAGAGGGGGUUACUUUAGCAACAAGCGCACAUCGUCGUGA